AACAAGAUACUACAAGUUACAAUUUAUUCUACAGGAACACUGUUUCCAGAUCAGUGCACAGUGGAAAAUAACAAACUACAGAAAGGGCAGGAGUGAGUUACAGAAAUAGUGUAAGGAAGGCGGUAUGAAUCUUACUUCUGCCUCGGUGGGAGGAGUUCUUUUUUAUGAUUGGGUAACAUUAGGGGAAAGAAAGCAUUGCAACAGCUUAGAUAACUCCUGCUGACCGGACAGAUCUACUUUCGAGGAAGGAGAAUCAUAUACUCGGAACUGUGGCGAUUUACGAUAUUCGCUGGAACCCCGAACCAGUAGUGGUGGAGGGCCGACGAGGAGAGUCGUGAGUUUGCCUUUUUCUCCCUUCAGUCGCUUUAGUGAUCAAAACUUACAGUUUUAUCCAAAAUGUUGAUUAGCCAGUCAAGUAAAGCGGGGAAACAAAAUCCCUUGUCCAACAUUGAGCCCUAUCAGAGACAAGUGUUUCCAUCAGUCAGGAUGGAUGUGUCUGCAGCCAAGCCUUGCCAGGAGGUAAGAGAAGUAAAGGCAGACCAACUCCAGGAAAAUGAGCCCGGUCCACAUUCGCUGGAGCUGUGUGGUCCACACGUGUCCUUCACCGAAGAAGCCAUGUCUCUGCUCAGCGCCAACAGCCUCUUGGCCAGAUCCCUGCUGGGCAUGAGGCAGGUCAAGCCGAAGGAUACCGGUUCCACCAACCGGAGGAAGCGGGAGUUCAUCCCAGAAGAGAAGAAGGAUAGCAGCUACUGGGACAAGCGCAAGAAGAACAAUGAAGCAGCCAAACGGUCCCGUGAGAAACGGCGGGUCAAUGACAUGGUCCUUGAGCAGAGGGUCCUUGCCUUACUGGAAGAAAAUGCCAGGCUGAAAGCUGAGCUCUUGGCUCUGAAGUUCAGGUUCGGCAUCAUAAAGGACCCUGCAGAGAUGCCAGUCACCCCAAGUAAUCCAUCAUCUCUCUGCUGCACAAAUGGCAUCCAAGGACCUCUUGCAGCCAUGGCUGUGAAUGGUUAUGUUGCUCAUCCCGUGGACAAUAAAAUCUUCCCACCCAAUAACCAGCAGGGAGGGGCAUCUGUUGGGGCAGAAGCACAAGAGUCCAGUGUGGUGUCUGAGGACUCUGGUAUCUCCACCCCUGGAAGUUCCAACAUUGGAAGUCCUGUCUUUUUUGAUGACCACCUGAGUGACCAAGGCAAGUUCUCCCCAAACUGCGAGGACCACUUUGAAGCUCAGCUCUCUUCCCCUAGUGAUGUGGAGGUGGACCUUGCUAGGAUAGGCUCCAGCGAGAACAUGAAGCCAGUGAGAUCCCAGGAACGAAUGGAAAUGGUGAAAUCUUUGCCCCAUAAGCUCCGGUUUAAGAUAGGAGCUGGGGUGGAAGAGAGCACCGAGGUUGAUUUGAGGCUAAGAGUUUGUCAAAUGGCAGUGGGUAAUUCCACCCCCAGAACUCUUCCGGAACAGUUAGCUGGUCAGGUCAGGGAUCAUCUGCAAGGGUGUUAUACCAACACUGUAAUGCCUCACUCUGACAAGGGCUCCGGGGCCGGCUUGUCUCCACCUGCAUGGAGAGCCCACAUUGGAGCCCAGGGUGGUGGCCAACCAAUUUCAAACUGCCCAAAGAACCAUCCAAACGAGGACUCCAGCAUCAAAUCCGAAAACAGCAUCCUCAAGAAUCAGCUUGCUUCACUCUCUGCUGAGGUCGCUCAGCUCAAAAAGAUGUUUUCUCAGCAAAGGUGUUCCAAUUUCAAAUAACACGGGUCACUGUCGAUAUUUGUACAUUGUUAAUUUGAUCUGCCCUUCACUUCAUAGUUAAGUUAUUUGCAUAAAACUAAGCCCAUGCAAAUAUUUAUUGUUUGUCCUUGUGAAUGGAUUUAAAUGCGUGUAAAUAUAUUUUUACUUUAUUUUUUAAUCGGCCAUUGGUGUUGUAAUAAAUCCUUUAUGACCAAUUUAGAAAUGGAAGUUCUUCACACUGAAAAAAUUUCUUGGUCCUCUGCUGCAGUCUAUAAAGCAUUUGGGGACUCCGCUAUGAUCUCUCCACAGAUUGCUGGAAGGUCCUUUCACUGUGAAAUGAGUUGAGAACAUCUGUAUCUUGACUAUGCUCUGUUAAAUAGUUUGAUGGUUUGCAGAUAGAUAAAUCUUCAGCCAGACAAAAAGUGAAGAGGUUUAAAUGACUAUCAACACUGUAUACACCAGAACAUGAUCAACAUUGGGGUGCUCCUUUGCAAAUCGAGCGGAUAAGCUGUAUUUAGUGGGUGCAGGAUACCCACCUGACUAUCUAUUGUGCCCUAGGAGCAGCAUCAUUUGGCUACCUGCCAUUAUAUUCUGAGAGUGGAUACAUGGUGGACAAGUGGCCGGGAGAUGGGUCAACGUUUGUCAUGAGCAUUGGUGCGCUUGUGGUGUUGCAUGCUCAACUAAGCCUACCAACCAGCCCUUCUUUUUACUGUCCCUUAGAUUAGAAGAUGCUUCCACCACCAACCCCCGGCAGUGCAUUCCAUGCCCCCAAUACUCACCAUGUAAAAAAUAAUUACCUCUGACAUACCUCCUAUAAGACCAUAAGACAUAGGAGCAGAUUUAGCCCACUCAGCCCAUCAAGUCUGCUCUGCCAUUCCAUCAUGGCUGAUUUAUUAGCCCUCCCAACUCCAGUUUCCUCCCUUCUUUCCAUACCCUUUGAUGUCCUGACUAAUCAAGAACCUAUCAACCUCCACUUUGAAUAUACUCAUUGAUUUGGCCUCCACAGCCAUCUGUGCCAAUGAGUUCUGUAGAUUCACUACCCUCUAGUUAAAGAAAUUCCUCCUCACUUCUUUUCUAAAAAGACAUCCCUCUAUUCUGAAGCUGUGCCCUCUGGACCUAGACUCAGCCACUAUAAGAAACAUCCUCCUCACAUCCACUCUGUCUAGGCCUUUCAAUAUUCAAUAGGUUUCAGUGAAAUCCCGCACCCCCCCCCCGCCAUUCAAGUACAGGCCCAGAGCCAUCAAAUGUUCCUCAUAUCUUAAUCCCCUCAUCCUUGGAAUCAUUCUCGUGAACCUCCUCUGGACCCUUUCCAAUGCCAGCAUAUCUUUUCUUAGAUAAGGGGCCCAAAACUGUUCACAAUACUCAGGUGCGGUCUGACUAAUACCUUAUAAAGCCUCAGCAUCAUAUCUUUGCUCUUAUAUUUUAGUCCAAUCGAUACUUUCCACCAAUCACCUUAAAAUUAAGUCUCUGGCUAUCCACUCAAUCUUAUCACCUUGAGCAGCUCAGUCAGGUCACCUCUCAUCUUCCUUUGCUCCAAAGCCCAAGCUCACUCAACCUUUACUCAUAGGACAUGCUCUCUAAUCCAGGGAGCAACCUGGUAAGUCUCCUCUGCACCCUUUUUAAAGCUUCCGCAUCCUUCCUAUAAUAAGGCAACCAGAACUGAAUACAACAUUCCCAAGUGUGGUCAAGCCAGAGUGUUAUAGAGCCGCAACAGCUUUUAAACUCAAUUGCCCAACUACACAGAUAUAUGACAAAAUUGACAUAUAAAAUACUUGCAGAAAAGAACAGAUUCAUUUUGCAAUGAAUUAGCUAGCCCUUAAGUAAUUGAUUUAUUUUCUCCUUUCUCCAUCCAUGCCUAUCAAAUUUUGGAACUUACAUACAUUAUCUCAAUAAAUACUUUCUAAGCUACAUGACAAUCAAAGCAAACUAGAGAUGCUGGAAAACUGAAGCAAAAUAAAAGAAAAUGCUGGAAACAUUUGGCUCAUCAGGUAGCAUCUGUGGAGAGAAAAAUAGAAGCAAUGUUUCAGGUUUCGAGUGAAAUAAAUGCCUGUGUAGCAGGGUAUGGACUAUCAGUGACACCAUGAUUGUUCAUUCAAUGCGGUAAGGGUUAAGGCAUUUUAAAUUGAAAUCAGAGCAAGGUAGUCUUCACAUCUAAACAUGAGGCAAGGAAUACAACAGGCAAAUACUACAUUUGGAAUAACCAAAUCAUUGGCCAGAAAAUUUGCAGACCACAGCAAAAAGGGUGAUGUAGUAGACAGUAAACAGGGUUCUCUAGGAGUACAAGAGGGAAUUGGCUAAGGAAUUGCAGGUAAAAUUUAUCUUGGACAAGAGCAAAGCGAUGUAUUUUGGAAAGAUAAAUGAGGAGACAGACCUAAAUGAAAUUACCUUGAGGAUUCUGAAUCACAGUCAGAGUUAUUAUCACUGACAUGAUGUUCUGAAAUUUGUUGUCUC